UAACAUUAUCUUCAUUCUCAGGCCAGAAUACUCUGUCAAACUGCAAAUGAAGAGUUGGAGGUGACACUCAGAAAGGCUUUUAUCUCAGUAGAUUUAGCACAUUCUCAUUGUGGUUAUGUCCACUGUGGUCGGAUGGUCCGCUAUCUUUCUCUGCUUGGUACAUCCGCGUGUCACCACGCCCACCCUCCAGCCUGCAGACACUCAUACUUGGGCUGGCUGCCCCUCGGCCACAUGUGACAGCGUACAGGCUGAAUCAGAGACCUUCGGUUGGAGCUACAGCCAACCUACACCGGGCUUUCCUUCCAAGGCUAACCGAGAGCACCGCCGGUAGUUGGAUAAAAGCCACGACGCAGCUCUUCCUAAAUCUCAGCGGUGAAGAGAAUGGUAGAAUGUCCCAGAAACCCUGGAUAGAAAGCACUUUCACAAAGAGGGAAUGUGUGUACAUACUUCCAGUGUCAAAGGACCCCCACAGAUGCCUUCCAGGAUGCCAGAUUUGCCAACAGCUGGUCCGGUGCUGCUGUGGGCGGCUGGUCCGGCAGCAUGUUGGCGUCACAGCCAGCUUGGCCACGAAGUACUCGGGUGUGAAGUUGGGUGAAAACCCCAACCUGCCCGCGAUGGAGAAGUGGUCGGUGGAAAAACACACAGAGGCGAGCCCCUGUGACGCCUAUGGUGUCAUCAACUUCCAGGGAGGGUCUCACUCAUACAGAGCCAAGUAUGUGCGUUUGUCCCACGACUCGCGGCCGGAGAGCAUCCUGUGGCUGAUGCUGAAGGAGUGGCAGAUGGAGCCUCCUAAAAUCGUAAUCUCUGUCCAUGGAGGAGUUCAGAACUUUGAGCUGCAUCCUCACAUCAAGCAGGUUGUGGGCAAGGGCCUCGUCAAAGCUGCAGUCACCACCGGGGCCUGGAUUCUCACCGGAGGGGUCAACACAGGUGUGGCGAAGCAUGUGGGAGACGCUCUCAAAGAACACUGUUCAAGAUCAUCAAAGAAAAUUUGCACUAUCGGGAUCGCACCCUGGGGAGUCAUUGAAAACAGGAAUGAUCUCCUCGGCAGAGACAUUAUAGCUCCUUAUCAGACGCUGCAGAACCCUCUGAGCAAACUAAAUGUUCUUAAUGAUCUGCAUUCUCAUUUCCUCCUGGUGGAUGAUGGGACGGUGGGCAAGUACGGCGCCGAGGUCAACCUGCGGCGGGAGCUUGAGAAGCACAUCAACCUCCAAAGAAUACAUGCACGAAUCGGUCAGGGUGUUCCCGUCGUGGCCGUCAUCUUUGAGGGGGGUCCCAGUGUGAUCCUGACCGUGCUGGAGUACCUUCAGGAGAGCCCUCCCGUCCCAGUGGUGGUGUGUGAGGGGACCGGCCUCGCUGCUGAUAUACUAGCCUACGUCCACAAGCAGACAGAGGAGGGAGGAAGACUUCCUGACGGAGUGGAGACCGACAUUAUCGCAACCAUUAAGAAAACCUUCAACUUUAGUCAGCGCGAUGCCAUCGACCUCUUUCAGACUUUGAUGGAGUGCAUGAAGAGCAAAGAACUGUUAACUGUGUUCCGCGUCAGCUCCGAGGAACACCAGGACCUCGACGUAGCAAUUCUGAGGGCUUCACUCCAAGGCACAAAUGCGACUGCCUUCGGUCAGCUGGUCCUGACUCUGGCCUGGGAUCGGGUAGACAUUGCCAAGAAUCAUGUGUUUGUGUACAGACAGCAGCUCCUGGUGAGCUCUUUGGAGCAAGCAAUGCUGGAAGCGCUCGUGAUGGACAGGGUGGAUUUUGUCAAGCUGCUCAUGGAAAACGGUGUGAGCAUGCACAGCUUCUUGACAAUCAGUCGGCUGGAGGAGCUCUACAACACGAAACAACCAAGCAGCAACCCAACUCUCCUGCAACUGGUUAGAGACAUCAAACAGAGUCAUCUGCCUCCAAACUAUAAUAUCACUUUGAUUGAUGUGGGUUUGGUUAUUGAGUACCUGAUGGGCGGGACUUACAGGUGCAACUACACCAGGAAACACUUCAGAAUUAUUUACAACAAUCUCCACGGCAGCAACAGGCUUGAGUCUACUGUCGAGCAGAACAGAAAGAGAAGCAAAGAAGUGAUUGUGGACAUAGACGACCCAGAAGCGCAGCGGUUUCCCUACCCUUUCAAUGAGCUGCUGGUGUGGGCUGUGCUGAUGAAGAGGCAGAAAAUGUCGCUCUUCUUCUGGCAGCACGGCGAGGAGAACAUGGCGAAGGCACUGGUGGCCCGUAAGCUCUGCCGGUCUCUGGGCUACGAGGCCAAGAAGAGUGACAUGGUGGACGACACCUCGGAGGAGCUCAAGAAGUACUCGAAUGAUUUUGGCACAUUGGCGGUGGACCUGCUGGAGCAGUCGUUCAGGCAGGAUGAGGCCAUGGCUAUGAAGCUGCUCACCUAUGAGCUGAAGAACUGGAGCAACUCCACCUGCUUGAAGCUGGCCGUCUCCUCCCACCUGCGGCCAUUUGUGGCUCACACCUGCACCCAGAUGCUGCUGUCAGAUAUGUGGAUGGGAAGGCUGAACAUGCGCAAGAACUCCUGGUACAAGGUGAUUCUGAGUGUGUUGGUGCCUCCUGCCAUCCUACUGUUGGAGUACAAGUCCAAGGCUGAGAUGGCUCACAUCCCUCAGAGCCAGGACGACCACCAGAUGACCAUGGAGGACAGCAAACACAACUUCCAGAACAUAGCUGAAGUCAUCCAAAUGGAUGUAUUCAAAGAGGCCAGAUCCCACGACCACGUAGAAGCAAAGAGCGAAACAGAGACACACAUUCACUCCAGGAACCUGCCCUUAACCAGGAAAAUUUAUGCCUUCUACCACGCUCCCAUUGUCAAGUUCUGUUCCAACACGCUCUUCUACCUGGGCUUCUUGAUGUUCUACUCGUAUGUGGUCCUGGUGAAAAUGCCUGAAUGGCCUUCUCCUCAAGAGUGGGUGGUCAUCCUCUACAUAUUCACCUCUGCCAUUGAGAAAAUUCAAGAGAUGUUUAUGUCUGAAGCAGGCAAAAUAAGCCAGAAGAUAAAGGUGUGGUUCAGUGACUAUUUCAAUUUGUCUGACUUUCUGGCCAUCGUGACCUUCUUUAUUGGCUUCGGCCUGAGAAUGACUGGAGGAGAAGCCUUUGUCCCCGGGAGGACGGUGUAUUGUCUCAAUAUCAUCUUCUGGUACGUGCGACUCAUGGAUAUCCUGGCUGUGAACCAUCAAGCUGGACCGUACGUCAUGAUGAUCGCUAAAAUGGUGGCCAACAUGUUUUAUGUUGUAGUAAUAAUGGCCAUAGUCCUGCUGAGCUAUGGCAUACCCAGGAAAGCCAUUCUGUACCCACAUGAGGAGCCCAGCUGGACGCUGGUCAGAGAUGUGGUCUUCCAGCCGUACUGGAUGAUGUACGGGGAAGUAUAUGCUUAUGAAAUCGAUGUGUGUGCCAAUAACAGUGAGAGCUCAGUAAAGACCCUGUGUGCGGCAGGAGUGUGGCUGACUCCUCUGCUGCAAGCAGUCUACCUCUUUGUACAGUAUAUCCUAAUGGUCAACCUCCUCAUCGCCCUCUUCAACAAUGUGUAUUUGCAAGUGAAGUCCAUUUCUAAUCUGGUUUGGAAGUACCAGCGUUACCACUUCAUUAUGGCCUACCAUGAGAAGCCUGUCCUCCCGCCGCCCUUCAACCUGCUCUGCCAUAUCUACUCCCUCUUCUCUAUGUGUAGGAAGAGGAAGAAGGAGAAUACCUACGGAGCAAAGCUGUUGCUCACAGUGGAGGACCAAAAGAAGCUUCACGAUUUUGAGGAGCAGUGUGUAGAGACUUACUUUGGUGAAAAGGAUGAUCAGUUUCAUUCGGGGAGUGAAGAGUGCAUACGUCUGACCUCAGAAAGGGUUGAGACAAUGUGUAUGCAGCUAAGAGACGUAGGGAACAAGUUCAACUUUAUAACACGCUCUUUGCACACUCUGGACUCUCAGAUCGGUCACCUGCAGGACCUAUUUGCUCCAACCGUGGACAAUCUAAAGACCCUCACUGCUCAGAGGGCUUCAGAGGCCAGCAAGGUCCACAAUCAGUUCACCAGGGAGCUCAGCCUGUCAAAAAACGUGGUCCUCAGCACCAGCCCCCAGCGCCUUUGUCCAAACUGCUGUGGCCAUUUCCCCUCCGGAGCUGCGUCUCCGAGGCCACUCACUCACCCAGAUUAAGCUGACCCGUCGGGGCCUUUGCAACUCCCCAUCCAGCCUGCCCAAUGUGCCCUCCCCCAGGGCUCAGGUCCACAUCAGCAGCACCCCUUCCCAGCCCAGUGGCUCCAGCCACCCAGAACUCGCCCUCACUGGGCUUUACCAGCAGCCCCUCAAGCCAGACAGUACCACUGUCGAAUGUGGGGCGUUUGUGGAUUAUCCAUUCACACUGGGACGGCUCACCAAUAAUGCGGCCCUGAUACUACCUCCGGAGGCGGAUCAGUGCCGGAGCGAAAU